AAGGGGACAGACAAAUGAUUGGCUGAGCUGAUUUUAGCAUUAAAAUUUACGACAUUUACGUGCAAUCACUUUACUCUCUCUUUCGCAUAUUGAUUGUUGUUUGAUGUCGUGGAAUCCUCCCCCAGGUGCUCCCUCACAAUUUGGGCAACCAAGGCCAAACAUUUAUCCACCGCAAAGACCCGGCUAUCAAGCUUCUCCAUAUGCUCCACGUCCAGUUCAAAAUCAGCCCUUUGUACCUGGACAAGCUCCUUUUGCACCUCAGCCCAUGCAAAUUUGGACAGAACAUACUUCACCUGACGGACGUAAAUAUUAUUUCAAUUCAAUUACUAAACAAAGUAGUUGGGACAAACCUGAUGAAUUAAAAACUUCCGAAGAGUUAGCACUAGGUUCUUGUGCUUGGAAAGAAUUCACAGCAGAAGGUGGUCGCAAAUAUUAUUAUAAUUCUAUCACAAAUGAAUCUAAAUGGGAAAUUCCGCCUGAAUAUAAAGAAUUUCUCGAAAAGUUGGAAAGAGAUAAAAAGCCAUCGCAUAUUGAAACUUCACAUCAAUCAAAUGGCUCAAUUGUUUCACCAAAUCAACAAGAUAUAGAGCGCGCUAGACAACUGAGUGUUCCUUCUGUUAGUCCUGUUAAUGUUACUCCUGUAAAUGUACCUAUAAGACCAAUGGGAGUAGCUGCUCCUGUGGUUAGUCCUAAUAUACCCAUACCAAUUCAACAACCUAAACUUCCAAAAAUUGAAUUUGAGACUAAAGAGGAUGCUGAGGCAGCUUAUCGAGAAUUGCUUAAAGAAUCCGGUGUUAAAACAGAUUGGACUUGGGAACAAACCAUGAGAGCAAUAAUAGCAAAACCUAUGUAUCGUGCACUUAAAACAUUAGUAGAACGGAAACAAGCUUUUCAAGAUUAUGUAGAUGACCUCAGAAAAAAGGAAGAAGAAGAAAAAAGAGCGAAAGCCAUUAAAAUUCGGCUAGAUUUUAUUUCCCUACUUGAAACGCAUCCAGAAGUUAAUUCUUCUACUCGUUAUCGAAAAGUGUGUGAAGUUCUGAGUGAAAAGACGGCAUUUAAAGCUGUUGAGGAUGAUCGAUUACGCGAAGAAAUUUUCAGUGAAUAUAUUUAUGAUCUUCGGAAACAAGAAAAGGAAGUACAAAGAGCUAUUCGUAAAGAGAAUAUGGAAAAGUUUAAUCAACUUCUAAAAUCACUUCCGAGUAUUACAGAAACUACACGAUGGGUGGAUGCUCAACAAAUAUAUGCUAAUACUCCUGAAUAUCAGCAAGAUAAAACCCUUCGAGAAAUGGAUAUGUUAGAUUUUUUGGCUGUAUAUGAGGAGCAUAUUAAAAUUUUAGAACGUGAAACAGCUGAUAAGAAAAAACGAGAACUUGAAGAGCAAACUAGACAACAGCGAAGAAAUAGGGAUGCAUAUAGAACUUUGAUGAACGAAUUGCGGCAGAAAAAUGUGAUAAAUGCUAAAUCGAAAUGGAAAGAAAUAUAUCCAUUAAUUCAUACUGAUGAGCAGUAUCAAAAUAUGCUUGGGCAACCUGGAUCAAAUCCUCUUGAAUUAUUUUGGGAUGUAGUCGAAGAACUUGAUGAAAUAUUAUAUCAGCAACGUAAAAUUGUUACUGAAAUUAUGAAGACAAAAGAUGUCACUAUAAAUUCUGGAAUGUCAUUUGAACAAUUUCAAGUCGCAUGUAGUUCAGAUGAUCGUAUUUCUUCAGUAAAUGAAACCAAUCUAAGGAUAAUCUUUGAACAGUUACAAAGAAAACAAGAAAGAAGACAACGUAGAAAAUUAGAUGCAUUUAAAACAAUUCUUAAGCAUUUUGAAGCAAAUAUCACGCCUGAUGCUACUUGGGAGAAGGUACGACCAAUAAUUGAGAAAACCGAAGAAUUUCAAGCAAUAGAAUCUGAGGAGCAACGUAUUGAAGUUUUUAAUAAAUUUAUCGAACGGAUCAAGGAAAAGAUUCUGAAAAAAGGGGAUGAUAGUGAAGAAGAAGAAGGUACUCUUAAAGAUGAUGAUCUUGAUGAUGAUCGACAUGUGUCUGGCGAACGUAAAAAAAAGCAUAAGAGUAGUCAUCGAUCCUAUCAUCACCGAAGAUCCCAUCAUUACUCUGAUUAUUCGGCUGAGAGUGGUGAUUAUUCAGAUAGAGAAAAGGAUAGUAGUGAUAAACGUAAACGACGAAAGCAAAAAUCCAAAAUUGAAACAAGAUAUGCAGAAUCUAGAGUUCACCAUGAUUAUAAAAUUCAUUCCCCUAAACAAGAAACUGUUUAUAAAAAUAUAUCACCUAAAUCAGAAGAAAUAUUAAAAUCUCAAUCGCCCAAAAAUGAUGAAUCUCAAAUAGAAGUCAUCAAACAUGAUGAUUCAAGCGCGGAAGAAGGCGAUUAUAAGCAAAUUCUUGAAGUAUGAGGCUUUGUCAUUUUGGAUUACAAUGAUAGAAAGUUUUAUCGAGCAAAUUAUACAGCUAUCAAAAUUACCGAUCAUUGGAAUGAAAAUAUUUGAUGAUAAUUUUUUUUAAAAAAGGUAAGUGUUACUACAUCUAUUUACAAUAAUAAAUAAUUUAUGUACACAACUUUGUAAGUAUAAAUUAUAAUAAAAAAAUGUAACAUUUCUAAAAAAGUUAUUAUUAAAAUUCUGCUGUGACAUCCGAAUUAUUUCGUUAAAAGAUUAAAGAU